AUGUCGAAUCUUAGCGGAGUUCAAAAGGAGUUGGCUUUGAUUUGGAAAGCACAAGUCCCUGCUAAAGUAAUUGCUACAGCUUGGAAGGUCCUUAAAGGAAGAAUCGCAACGGUGGACAAUCUUCGGAGAAGACAAGCUGCGAUGCACUUGGCGACUGAUAUGUGUGCCCUUUGUCAGCUGAAAGAAGAAACCAUUGAGCAUCUUUUCUUUCUCUGCCAAAAAACUGAUGAAAUCUGGAAAGAAGUCUUGAGUUGGACAAGUAAGCAAGCUGUUCUUCAUUGUCAAACCAAAGCCCAUUUCAAUGCUUUUGUGAAUCUGGGGAGCAAAAAAGAUGUGGAUUUCUUCCUUGGUGUCUGGGUGUGUGUGAUUUGGAGCAUUUGGAAGACUCGAAACAAUUGUAUUUUCAAUCAAGGAAGUUGGAACAAGGCAAGAAUGAUGGCAGAGAUUAAGGCGAGAUUGUGGGGAUGGCGUUCGAACUCGGUUCAACCAACGCAGGAGCAAGAGUUUCGAAGUUGGUUUACUGCAGCAAGAGGUUUUGACACCUAA